AUGCACAUCAAGCAGAUAAGGCUGAAAAACUUCAAAAGCUUUAAGGAUGAGACAUUGAUACCAUUAUCAGAGGGUGUUAACAUUGUUGUUGGACGAAAUGGGAGUGGGAAAAGCAGUAUUGUAUCUGCAAUCCGUUUUGUAUUGUGCGGAGAGAAGUAUAGCUGCGAGUCAAGAAUGGAGCUUAUCCACGAAGGGAUUAGGGCCAGUGAGGAGGAGGCAAGUGUUGAGAUUGUAUUUCACGAUGAGACAAGGGAGUUUGAGGAGAAGGGGCUUAGUGUCAGAAGAGUUGUGGGAAUCAAAAGAGAUGAGUACAUGCUAGAUGGAAAGGUUAUGUCGAAAGAGGAAAUUGCGGGAUUACUCCAAAGCCGUGGGUUCACGACAGAUAGUCCAUACUUUAUUGUUUUACAAGAAGAGGUAUCUGAGUUUGCAAUUCUUAGUGACAAAAAAAGAUACGAAUUGAUGAAAGAUGUUGCAGGAGUGUCUGGAUAUGAAAGAGAUAGGGAGAAUAGCAUGUCUAUGCUUGAGGAGACGAGGAUAGGCGAAAACAAAAUUGAGCUAUUAUUGGAUAAGAUUGAAGAAAAGCUAAGAGGAUUCGAAAACGACAAGAGGGAGGCGGAAUUAUGUUUGGAGUUAAAGAAGGAGAAGAGAAGGCUUGAGUAUGGAUAUAUUGAGAGGGAGGUUGGAGAGAUUAACAAGGAAAUCUCGAGUAUUGAGAGCCUUGUAUCUAAUGACCUUGAGGAAAGUUCUGAGGAACAUGAGGACUAUGGAUGUGAGAUUAGGGAAAUAGAGAAUAGGCUAGUAGGCCUUAUUAGUAGGAGAAAGGAGCUGUAUGCUGAUGAGAAGUAUAAGGAAAAGGAAUGUGAGAUUGAAGAGGAGAUGAGAAAGAUUGAAAAGAAAAGAAGCGAUUUUUGUGAGAUUGAAAAAACUGAGAAGAGGAAUCUGAUGAAUCUUAGAAGGGACGAGAAGGAGAACUUUGUGAAGUCAGGGUACAUAAAAUAUCUGGUGGGGUUUCUCGAGACUUUAGGCAAUAGAGAGGUGAGGCCUGAGGAAAUAGAGGCAGCUAGAGAGGCUUUGAAGCAAAAAAUAGAAAGACUAAAAGCUUUUGAUGGACCUGAGAGUUCUAAGGCAGUGAAGGCUGAGGAAAGGAAGAAUCUUGAGGAGCUCAUUGAAAAGAGAAAGUAUCUAUGGAGGGAGGAAAGAAGACUUAAACUUUCUGAAGAGUCAAUAGCAGAAGUCAUUAAGUCGCAGGAAGAUAGACUUAUUGUGAUGGGUAAUGGUGGGGUAGAUGCAUAUAGGCAGAUAAAGUGCGAAAAGGGGGUUCUGGGAUAUGUAUAUGACUUGAUAAGUGUUCCCAAUGAGUUAGCAAGUGCCUUCGAGGCGGUUGUGGGAAAUGCCCUAUUCAAUAUAGUUGUUGAGAAUGAGGAAGUAGCAUCGAAUGUAUUAAGAAAGAUGAAGGAUUUAAGAUCAAGAAUAACUUUCAUGCCGCUCAAUAGAAUUAAGUAUAAGGAGGAGGACGAGGUGAAGGAUCCAAAUGUUAUUUCGUUGACAUCGCAGUUGAAAUGCAAUCAUAAAUAUAAGGCUCUUCUUGGAUACAUUACAAGAAGCUUCUAUCUUUGCCCGGACUUGAAGCAGGCACUUUACUCAUCCAAGAAGUAUGGGAUUAAUGUUGUUACGCUUUCCGGAGAAAUAGUGACCAGAGAAGGGCCUAUAACCGGCGGAUACGAAAGAAGAAACAUGGCAUUCCAGGAAUACAAGAAGAUUUGCAAGGAAGCGAGAAGAAUGAAAGGAGAAAUUGCCCGAAUACAGCAUGACCUCAGGAAGAUAAGCGGAGAAAUUGAAGAGGCAAGGAUGUAUAGGGAGGAAUCUGGAGAUGGAUCCAGGUACCAUGAGAGCCUGAAAUCUGGCGUCUUAUUUCUCCAAGAAAAGAUAGAAAUACUAGAGAAGAUUAUCAAGGAUGGGCUUGAUAGAGACAAGAUUAGUGGAAGACUCCGAAGAUUAAGAGAAGAGGAAAAGGAUUCACUGCUCAAAAGCAUAUGGAUCGCUGGAGAAAUCAAGAAAGUUGAUAUGAGAAUAAAGGAAGCCAGAAUUGAGAUAAAGAGGGUGAAUGACAGUAUGGGACACCUUAAGGAAGAAUUGGAAAAGUCUAAGAUGUAUAAAGAGGCAAUUGAAAUUGACAAGAAGAUCUUAGAAUUAAAAGAUAGGAGAAGGGUUGCUAAGGAAAUGAUGUUCAACGAGGACAACAUGGGGCUAUUUGCAAGGCCCAAGAAGAUAAAUAUUGAAAUGGAAAAGCUGAUGAGGAGAAAACACAUGCUGAUAAACAAAAGAAACGAAUUGUGUGAGAAGAUAGGCGUCUCUGAUUUCAAGAAUUUAGAAAGGCUAUUUCCUGACAAGGGGAAAGAAGAAAUAAUGGAGGAGAUAGCUAGGAUCAACGAAAGGAUCCGAGGGCUUUCGCUAGUUAACAGAACCGCAGUAUCUCAAUGGGAAAGCUAUAUAGGGCAGAAAGAUUCUAUGAGGAAAAAGUUAGAAGAUAUGAAGUACGACAAGAAGUGUAUACUUGAUUUUAUGGCGGAGUUAGACUCUAGAAAGGAAGACACUAUGAAAAAAGCUAUAGAAAUAGUAAAGGAAGGGUUUUCAGAGUUCUAUUCAAGGCUUACGAAUGGAGGCACAGCAGAGCUUUACUCGUACGAGUCCGGUAUAGGCGUUAGAGUAGGGGAAGGCACUAGUACAAAUCUGCUCAGUGGGGGACAGAAGGCUUUAGUGGCAUUAUGCCUGAUAUUUAGUAUGCAAAAAGUAAGUCCAUCGCCUUUAUAUGUACUUGAUGAAAUUGAUGCUAACUUAGAUUCGCAAAGUAGGGAAAGGGUUUCUGCGUUGAUAAGGGAAAUGAGCAUGACAUGCAAAAAUCAGUUUAUAGUAACAACUUUUAGAAAGGAGCUACUAAAUUGCGGAGAUAAGUAUCUCAAUGUCGAGUUCCAGGAAAAAAGAAGUAAUGUCAGGGAGAUUGAUGUGGUAGCAGCCCAUAAAUUUCUUGAAGAAGGGCUGGGCGAAAGAUAA